CCAUCUUUCUUUCUUUGUCCUUCUAAAUUCUCUCUCUUUCAUCCCUAUUUCCAUUUCUUCAUUCUUAAUCUACCGUUUUACAUUCCUCUACCAGAAACAGGGAAAAACAAUAAAUGUUAUCUUCACCAACUCUUCCUCUGCAUUCUCUAUGAGAACAAGAAUUCAGGCUUGAGUUCAAAAUCUCAUUUGUUGAGCUAUGUUUUCUGAGCUAAUUUAGCUAAAGUUUCUUCAUUUAGUCUAAUUUUUGCUUAAGUUUUUUUUUUCCUCAACCAAAAUAGUUUCUUCUAUUGACCCAAGUUUCUUGAUCACAUUCUUUAAGUUGGGUUUUGAUUAGCUUUAAAUUUCGAUAUUGGAAAUAGGAAGGAUGAGUACUUUGAGGUCACAUUCCAUGAUUCUAAGACUGUGCUUUCUUGUGCUUGUUCACAUCCCUUCUUUGUAUUCAUACCCGGUACCCAUGGACUGUACGGAUACGGGACGGUUAUGCACUUCCUUUUUGGCAUUCAAGCCUCAAGAGAACCAAACUCUAGAGGUGAUUCAAAGCAUGUUUGAUGUUUUACCUCAAGAUAUAACUGUUGAAGGGAGCAGCUAUGACUAUGUUUUCAUCAGGAAGAACUGUUCUUGCUUAUCGACAUCCAGGAAUUACGCAACGAAUACUACUUUCACAAUGACAUCAAGUGAGGGGGACGUCUAUGACAUGGUUCUAGAGGCUUAUGAUGGUCUUGCUUUGGUACCCAAUGUUACAAGAAAGGCAAGGGUUGGUGCAGUGGUGUCUUUGAGGCUGUUUUGUGGGUGUUCAAGUGGGUUGUGGAAUUACUUGAUGAGUUACGUGAUGAGAGAUGACGAUAGUGUGCAAUCUCUGGCCAGUCGAUUUGGUGUUAGUAUGGAAAGUAUUGAGGAACUGAACGGGAUUCAGAAUCCAGAUAAUACCACUGUUGGUGCUCUAUACUAUAUUCCACUGGAUUCAGUUCCUGGUGAACCUUAUCUUGCUGAGAAUGACAUUCCCCCUGCCCCUGCUCCUGCACCACCUCUGGACACUAUUUCAGCAACUCAAGUAAAUCACAAAGUUCACAUUCCAUAUGGAUGGAUCAUUGGGGGUGUAGCUGGAGGGCUUGUUCUUAUAAUAUUAGGCAUAAUUGUUUGUGUUUUCCUGAGGUCAUCAAGCUACUUUGCUGGAGCUCAUGGAAAUCUUGCCAAAGAUUCUGAUGGCAAGAGUUCUCAUAAGUUUCAAAUUCUUCAGAAGACUAGUUUUUGUUGUGGUUCAGGAAGGUACAUCUGUGGCAAGUCUGGGGAUUGGAACCAAACAAAUGGGGAACCUAGUAACCACCAGAUUACCAUACCAAAAGCCCUGGGGACUGAUGUGCUUGAUAUGGAGAAGCCUGUGGUUUUCACAUAUGAAGAAAUUCUUUUCUCUACAGAUGGGUUCUCUGAUUCCAAUCUCCUAGGCCAUGGGAAUUAUGGUUCUGUUUAUUAUGGUCUCCUGCGUGAUCAGGAAGUUGCUGUCAAAAGGAUGACUGCUACAAAAACUAAAGAAUUUAUGGCAGAGAUGAAAGUCCUGUGCAAGGUUCAUCAUACAAAUCUGGUAGAAUUGAUUGGCUAUGCUGCUAGUGAUAAUGAGCUCUUCCUUAUUUAUGAAUUUGCUCAAAAAGCUUCUCUCAGAAGCCAUUUGCAUGAUCCCCAGAACAAAGAAGGUCAUAGCUCACUUUCUUGGAUCAUGAGGGUUCAAAUUGCACUUGAUGCUGCUAGAGGCCUUGAGUACAUUCAUGAGCACACUAAAGCUCAUUAUGUCCAUCGAGAUAUCAAGUCAAGCAACAUCCUACUUGAUGGUUCCUUCAGAGCAAAGAUUUCAGAUUUUGGAUUGGCAAAACUGGUUGGAAAAACAGGUGAUGGAGAAGCUUCGGCAACAAAAGUUGUUGGGACAUUUGGAUAUUUGGCUCCAGAGUAUUUGAGGGAUGGCCUUGCCUCCGCCAAAAGUGAUGUGUAUGCUUUUGGUGUUGUUCUCUUUGAGAUUAUAUCUGGAAAGGAAGCUGUCAUACGAAGUGAAGCCACAACAAUGAAAAAUUCUGAAAGGCGCUCCCUGGCAUCCAUUAUGUUAGCAACCCUUCGUAAUACACCGGACUCCAUGAGCUUUUCAAAAAUGAAGAAUUAUAUUGAUCCUAAUAUGAUGGAUCUAUAUCCCCAUGAUUGUGUAUUCAAGGUAAAAUUUUUCUGACCUUUUGAUCAAACCAAUAGCCAUUUUGAGUGAGAAAGGAUUCAUAGUCAAUGGAUGGACCUCUCCUAUAAAAAAAUUGGGAAAGUAAAAAACUGACUUGUCUUCUACCAAUAUGAUGAUAUGUCAAGUUUUUAUCAAUACUACAUUCAAUGGACUACAUGGAGAUGGAGCAUAACCUUAGAAGAAAUUGAUGACAUAUUAUGAUCUUCACGUGGGAAAUAGUCAAUUGGGGAUUUUUCAGUUGUUAGUGGAAGUAUUCCUCGAAGUUCUCAUUUCUAUAUCUAGUUAUGAUUCUAGGUGAACUAUUUUGUAUUGAAUGUUGCAUCUUCAAGAUACAUAAAUGCACUUCUAUCAAAUUUAACUUUGCAUAUACAGCACAGUGACUUACCAUUUCAUUUCUUGUGAUGAUUUGAGGAGAUGGCCAUGCUGGCGAAGCAAUGUGUAGAUGAGGAUCCCAUUCUUCGUCCUGACAUGAAGCAAGUUGUGAUUUCCUUGUCGCAGAUUCUCUUGUCAUCUGUGGAGUGGGAAGCAACUCUUGCUGGGAACAGCCAAGUAUUCAGUGGUCUCGUCCAAGGAAGAUAGCCAUGGACCAAGAGCAAGACAUCAUCUUUUUCUUCACCCAACUCUCUGCCUCUUUAUUACAGUUAUCUAUGUGUAUAGUAGCAAUGGAAAUCGACUAUAGCGGCGAUAUGGUAGUAUUUUAUCCACUAUUUUGAUUUGACAUCUCUGUUUCCCCUUUGUCUGUUUAAAUUGUUUGAGGGUUUUGUAACUUCUGUUUGAGUGGAAAAAUUUUGAUAUAAAAUGCCUUAAUUUAGCCAAGGAACUGUUUCUUUGUAAACGAGCUAUUUGAGUAGCUUGUGUAGCAGGUUUAAGUCCUGAAUGCAUAAGCU